AUGAAAAACCCUAAGAGAUUUCGCAUGCCCGAUAUCCCGAAGUAUAAUGGGACGACGGACCCUAAUGAACAUGUGACUGCAUAUACAUGUGCUAUUAAGGGCAAUGAUCUCGCCGAUGACGAAAGGGAAUCAGUGCUACUUAAGAAAUUCGGGGAAACCCUGUCAAAAAGGGCGAUGAUUUGGUAUCAUAACUUGCCCGAGCAUUCAAUUGAUUCAUUUACCAUGCUCACUGAUGCUUUCGUCAAGGCCCAUGCCGAGGCCAUCAAGGUCGAAACACGAAAAUCAGACUUGUUCAACGUCAAGCAACGAGAUGAUGAGAUCUUCCGCGAGUUUGUGGCUCGAUUUCAAAUGGAGCGCAUGGACUUACCCCAGUCACGGACGAUUGGGAUGUACCAGUCGAAGAUCAGGGUCGAAGAUGAUAAAAUUCUGAGGGCUGCUUCGGUAUCAUGGCAUUCUGGUAAAGUGAGUGAUCGAUUGAGGAGAGUGGUAGAUCGGGAUUCCAGAUCGUCAUCUAACAGAAAUGCUGUCGAUAGAGCCCCGGGAAACAGAGAAACUCCAAGGUUAUCCGAGUAUAAUAUUUGCGUCGAUGUAGCAACCAUAGCAGCGGCUGUUUUCCGAAACAAAGAAACAAGGCAUCCAAAGCCAAUCCAAUCUGAACCAGAGAAGCGGGAUAAAAAUCUUAUUUGUAAGUAUCAUCAUACUCAAGGCCAUCAGAUCGAGGAUUGUCGUCAGCUGAGAGAAGAAGUCGUUCGUCUGUUCAAUUUAGGACAUCUUCGAAAAUUUCUAAGUGAACGAGCAAAAACCCAUUUCAAGAACCUGGACUCCAACAAGCAGGAUAGGAUGGAAGAGCCUCAGCAAGUGAUACACAUGAUCAUGGGAGGAACUGACAUUCCCAUCAGGCCGGUUGUAAACCACACCAAAAUUUCCAUAGCGAGGGAAAAACGUAUCCGGAAUGAUGACCCUGAUGGUCCCAUCACGUUCAACGAUAAGGACAUGGAAGGCAUCGCCCAGCCGCAUAACGACGCACUGGUAGCUCAGCUAAUAUCAUCCGAUGGAGAGUCAUCGAACAGCUGGGACUACUAG